AUGGAUUUCCAGGCAUUGCAGUCGACUUUGACGGAGGCGCGUUCUGGUCCCUCUUCGUCAAAGCCUGUUUCAUUUUAUGAACGUUACGAACUCGUUGAGGAGAUUGGAAAAGGGGCGUACGGAACUGUGUGGAAGUGCCAUCGUCGGCUUGACCCGAUGCAGUGCCCGUACGGUGUAAAAAUUAUCAACAAGAAGCAGGCGGGCUCCAGAGGGCUCAAAGAGGUGAUGGGGGAGGUGGAGACGAUGAGUCUCCUCGUCCACCCGAACAUUGUGCGGCUUGAAGAGACCUUUCAAGAUGAGGAACAUCUGUGGAUUGUGAUGGAGUAUAUGCCGGGAGGAGAGUUGCGGACCGCCAUUAUCCGAGAUGGUAGUUUUAGUGAGACAAAGGCGCGUCGUAUCACGACUCAGCUGCUGCUGGCUUUGGAGUUUAUUCAUCAGAAGGGGAUUGUCCACCGCGACCUUAAGCCGGAGAAUUGUCUUCUUUCGGGGGGUGAUUUAGUAUGUAAGAUAUCUGACUUUGGUUUUUCUGUUCUUGUGUGGUCGGACCAGUGUCUCAUGUCUUUCUGUGGCACCACCGUCUUUAUGGCGCCGGAGAUAUUUUGUGAGGCCAGCUACGGGAGGCCGGUGGAUAUGUGGGCCCUAGGUGUGAUGGUGUACCUUAUGGUCACUGGGGAGUACCCAUUUACGGGGCGAAAUCAAAAGAGCAUCACCGAGGCCAUAUGCAAUGCGCGUUGUAACCUAAAAACGGGCAAGAUAGCGGAAACAUCUUCGAACUUGCGUGACUUCAUAUCAAAGUUGCUCGUGGCAGAUCCCACCCGCCGCCUUAGCGCGCGUGAGGCGUUGAAGCAGCCAUGGAUUAAAAUAGGUAUGAGUAUGGAAGAUUCCACAGUUGAGGAGAUGGAUUCGGAAAAAUGCGGUUUGCGACCUCGAAGUAUUUUUCGGGCCGCCGUCAUUGCCCUUAUGGCUGCGCACCGCCUAUGUUAUCUUCGCUACUGUCGCAUGCUGGAACAUAGUGGCUGUGGCGCCUGCACAGUAUUGCAUAACUUUCGUUUUGCGGUCUCAGGGGUGUAUGAACCGCCCAACCCCACGCUUGAUUGCAGUGGCGUCUUUGCGAAACACCCGUGCGGGGUGAGUUUCUUGUUGCCCAUGGUGGAGGCCAGCCGCACCAUUGAGACGCUUGACCUCAGUAGCAACAACAUCGAUAGCCUCGCUGUAUUCCAGCAGUUGGCAAAGACGGUCAGCCAACAUCCAACACUGCUCUCGCUGAACUUAUCCUGCAACCCUGUUCCCGCGCUCGCUGGUCGCAGUCUCCUUCGUAUUGCGCGGAGUCCGCAGUCAAAGUUGCAGCACUUGGGUCUGGAUGGGGCCUUCAUCUCCUCAGAGACCCUCUCGCAGAUAUCGGCUGCUCUCAAGGAUAAGUCUGGAGCAUCCUCUUCUCCUGCCUUCACCCCCCAGUUGACUCCGACAACACGCAGCUUGGACUCCAACAGUUCCACAUGCCUAAAAACCGUUUACGCCUCCACCUCACGGCAAAAGUAUGGUCGUGUGCACUCCUCUUUUCCCCAACCUCGGUCUCUAAAGGUAUCCGCACCACGUCUCCCACCCAUUUCUCCUGCGAAACGUUGA